AACCCUAUUAUUGCUCACAAUCAAUGAGUCUCUGAGCCCCUCUUCCUGCCUCUCUCUCUGUCUCUCUCAAUCAUAUAGGAGGAGAUAUCUCCAGAGAGACAGAGAGGGAGAGAGCCGGCCGCCCCGUAUGGUGGAGGAGAUCCAGUACCGCUCCUAUGCGGGAACUGGCCGGAACCUAGAGAUGGUGAACGUGAGGAGAUUAACCGAAAACUACAGCACAAUGUACGUAGACAGGUACAAUUCAUCUCAGUACUUGUCAUGGGCUCCUCCUUCUGUUAAUCCUCCUCCCUUCCUUAUAGAAAGGGUUAGACGACGACAACAACAACGUGAUGAAAGCCGGUUUGGGAAGGCAGAGCCAAAUAGAGAGGUGCUGGAGGUGCCUAGGUCGAAGAAUAAGCCGUUCAAAUUGUGGUGGAAUGAUGCAGAGAUUAAGAGAAGAGGAAGGGUUGCUAAAUAUAAGUUGUAUGGUGCUGAAGGGAAGAUGAAGAUGUCGUUGAAGAAAGGGUACCGCUGGUUCAAGAAGAAAUGCCUUGAAAUUGUAAGUAACUUUUGAAACUUUGAUUGAUCAAUGGAUCAAAGAUUUGUGUAAUUGAAUUGUAUGAGAAGGACGGUAGAGUUUUCAUGAUUAGUUUUUCAUGCAAUGUAAGUAAAGCAAGUUGGUUCUCAACAUGCUUCCCCCGAAUGUUCUAUAAUUAAUUGGGAUCAUUCUCUUUGUUCUUUAUUGAUA